GCUACUGUCAAAUCAGGAUACAGCUUGGCUUGGGGUCUGUUGUAGAGUUUGUGUAAAUUAAGUUUUAUAAUGAUUUAUUGGUAAAAAUACUGAUUUUAACGAAUCAGUUCGUUAGUUAAAAACAAAUUUAAAUUUAGUAUUAUUUAUUUAUUAUUAUAUUACCGUCCACAAAUGGAUGACUUAGAAAAAUUAAGCUGUAAGGAAGAGUUGGAAGCAAGUGAUCUAGAAAACUCAGCCAAUGACGAUCAUCGAGAUGAUUAUAAACCCAAGAAGGAAAAGAGAAAAAGAAGACGUCGUGAAAUUGACAUGAUAAAACUGUCAGAUGAUGAUGAUUCAGAAGACGAGGGUUUGGCAAAGAAGCUGCUCCGUCGGCUCAGCCCCGCACCUAACUCUCCUGCCUCACACAGAGAACCUCGCACUUGUGUGCUUAAGGCGAGUCAAAAGCGGCGUCCUCUCUCGCGUCUCCUGGAACAGCUCCUCCGAAACCUGGAAAAGCGGGAUCCCAACCAGUUCUUUGCUUGGCCGGUGAAUGAUAACUUUGCUCCGGGAUACUCGGACAUUAUCAGGCGGCCCAUGGACUUCUCCACUAUGAAGCAGAAGAUUGAUGACAAUGAAUACAAAUCACUCAACUGUUUUAUUAGCGACUUCAAACUGAUGUGCAACAACGCCAUGAAGUACAACAAGGCUGGCACGGUGUACCACAAGGCGGCGCGGCGGCUGCUGCACGCCGGCCUCAAGCAGCUCACGCCGCAGAAGCUGCGCCCGCUCGGGAACCUGCUCACAUACAUGUACGAGAUACCCAUCAAGGAGCUCGGCUUCGACAUCGGGAAGAUGGAUGUGCACAAGGUGCUGAAGCGCAGCAGCCCGCUGAAGAGCGGCGGCAGCGAGGCCGAGGCCGCCAGCGACGGGAACAACGACGACGCGCUCGCCGCCGACUGCCGCAAGAUGCAGAUGGAGGCCGCGAGGGAGCAACACCGCCGCCGGCUCGCCAAGAAAGCGUUUCCCCGCAUGGACUCGGAGGGCAAGACCACGCUGUGUCUGGUGACGGGCACUGUGGACGGAAACGGCGAGGACAAGCCUCUGACCCUCGGCCGGUACAUCGGCAAGCUCACGCAGGGCAACGGGACCUUACACAUACCGCGCGAGGACCGUCGUAACGUAGCUAAAGGCGUAAAGCCUCUGAACUACGGGCCGUUCAGUUCGUACGCGCCCUCUUACGACGGCACCUUCGCGACGCUCACCAAGGAGGAGUCGCAUCUACUCUACCAUACAUUACCCUAUGAAAAUGGUCAACACAAUGAAGAGCCGUUACGCUUCGCUCCGGAUUCCCCGUGGGCUCUCAUAUACGAUAUGGAGGCAAUGUUCCCAGACAAGAAACAACAGGAAGCACAACAGAUUAGCUAUGAAAAUGACUUGUCAAACGUGAAAGUGGACCUGGACCAGCUGCGCACCCUGUCGGAGCUGGGUAUCGACGUGGAGUACCUGAACGACAUCGAGGAGGAGGUGUCGGCGUCGCAGCAGGACUUCGGCAUCGGCGGCGCGCUGCGGCACACGUGGACGCUGCUGGCGCGCCUGCAGCACGAGCAGGCCGCGCGCCUGGCCGCGCCGCCGCCGCCGCACCUGGCGCUGCUGCCGCGCGCCGCCGCCGCCGAGCGCGAGCUGGCG